CUUCAAUGGCCACUGCCCCAUGUCCUGUGAAGAAUAAAUGGAUUCUUAUACGAAGAGCUUAAAAAUAUCGUGCACCGUACUACAGGGCUGUUAAUUUGGAUCAGAAAUCAUGCCUACAGAGCAGUAUAGCAUAGAAGCAUCAAUCUUGAGGGAUUUUCGAACAGGAUUAAAAGAGUUCCUCGAUUCAGAACAAUUUACAGAUGUCACUAUAAAAGUAGAAAAUGAAUCAUUCAAGUGCCAUAGGGUAAUCCUGAGUAGCAUGUCGCCAUAUUUCAGUCGCAUGUUUUCAGCCGGAAUGAGAGAAAGUACUGAGGAAACUAUUACAAUUAAUGGUUUCUCACCAAGUAUCAUGAAAGACUGUCUACUCUUCAUAUAUACCUUAGGAGAGGGAAAUUCCCGGUUUGUUAAUACAUGGGAAGAUCUUCUGCAUGCCUCAACUUAUUUUCAGAUUGAAAGUUUGCAAAUGAUAUGUGAAACAGAAAUCAGCACAACCCAACUUGCUGUCAACUCAGUGUGUAACUAUUAUGAGAUUUCUCAACAAGAUCCAUCAUAUGUCAUGUUAAAGGGCAGCUGUGAAAAAUUUAUCAUGACAAACUUUGUGGAUUUAGCCUCUAGUGAAGAAUUUAGUGCCUUCAGUGUUGAGACUUUCCUGUCUAUUCUUGAAAAUAAGGAUCUCCAAGUUGAAGAAUACUGGGUUGGGGUGGCAGUUCUCAACUACCUCACAGCUAGAGUUGGCAAUCUGGAAGAGGAUGAAGUAAAAGAAAUCCUGUCUGUCAUCCACUUUCCAAUGAUCAACAAAGAACAUGUCGUCCAUCUGCAGGAUCAAUUUUUAGACCUUAUCAAACACAAGUAUAAGGAGAUGAAAAAUGUACAGAAGAGCUUGGAAGAGAUAUUCCAACUGACAGAAAAUUAUCACAAUGAUCCUUCCCUCCAGAUAGAACUUAUAUCUGACUUUAGAUCUCCAAACAAGGAGCUGAAUUUUAUCACAAUAGGUGCCACCAGGUCAUUUUUGUCAGAUUCUGAAAAACUGCAAAUAUUUGAUGCUUAUGGAUUUCCUUUAUCCGAGCUUCCAUUUUGCAAAAUUUUCUGCAAUUAUGGAGAGUCGUCCAUAGUUAUGGCAGAUUAUUUUGGGAAUCUUUUUGUAUUUGACUUUCUGGAGUUGAAUCUGCAGAAAAUUGUAGACUGUGAAUUAUUGCCUAGAAAACACAUGGGUAUGAUUGCAGUGAAAGACAGUGUGUAUGUUUUUGGAGGGAUUGAUAACAUCACCUGCAAAGCCAGUAACAGAAUUGAUCAAUACUGCUUUGCUGAUAAAUCUUGGAGAAAUUGUGGAAAACUUUUAGAAGGGGUCCAGGACGCUACGGCUAUCAAUUCAAAUGAUAAACUUUACAUCUUUGGGGGGUUUAAUGACAGUAUGGACAUUCUGUGUCAGAAGUUCCAGUGCUUUGAUCCAUCCACAGGGGAGACAACUCUGAUAUCUUAUAAAUGUAACGACUUAUUCACAAGAGAACAUGUGAGAGUUGUGGGACAGGGAGAGGACAUUUAUGUAACAAGUUUGGUGGAUGGCAGUAUCCAUCAUUUCAACCCACAAACUCUGGAACUUGAAGAAUUUUAUGAAUCAAAUUAUGCUAAAGAAUGCAAAGAUGUUGUCAAAUUUAAAUCCUCUUUGCUAUUUGUGGGAAGUCCACUUGAGCCAGAUGGAGUGCCAGCGUUAGAUCUCACAAACAAAGAAGAAUCAGUAAGUUCUCGCCAGAUAUUUGUUCCAUCAGAAUUGUAUAGGUGUAUGAAAAUAGUUCAGUGGAAACCUAUAAGAUUUACAAAUGACAACGGAGAAGAAAGCCUUGCUUCUGGAAGUUACUGUGAGCCAUAUGAUAGUAUUGACAGUCUUAGUUCUUAGCUCCUCUGAUGGGAUGGCAAUGGUCUAGCUAAAUACAGCUUCAGUCCUUACCGAACAUUUUUUGGCUUUGUUUUUAGAGAUCAUCACUCAAAUGUCAUCCAUAAACACAUUCAAAUUUUGAAGUACAGAUCUUCCAUUUAAAAAUACUUUAUGAUGUGAAGGAGAUAAAGAACAACACAAUUUUGUAUGAAUUUUUUCUUUGACUUUUCUUAUUUUAAUCAAAAACAAAAUGAAAGGCUGAAAAAAGGAUGUAUUACAAGUAGAAGUUAUUGAUGUUAUAAAAUUAUGGAUUUUAAGUCUCCAAUCAACUCUGAUAUUUUGACAUCUUUGAUAUUUUUAUGGUAUAAGGUGUCAAUGAUUUAUUGAUAUUAUUUAUUCUCAUAAACAGCAGUCCAACUUUAUAAUUACCAGAACAGAUUU